UAGAUCUCCAGUAAUACGCAGUUGCUUUUAUUGCUCCAAUAAUUGUUAUUAAUACUGCUUCCUUAACACGUGUAGGAAUUACCGCGCAUCAUCGCUUAUCGAUCGCAUGCCUGGCAUGCGUUUUUUUUUUUCGGAUUGUAUUUGCUUCUUUUCCAAGCCAAUAUCUAUCGUAAAUCAUUAGUAUGUAGACACUUGGUUAACAAAUACUCGUUCUAGACGCAUGCGCUUUGUGCAUCGAUUAUUUUGCUUGGUGCCAGAUAUUGCAAACCUCUGGCCAUGGCAGAUUGCCACGCAACCAAGGAAAACAAGUACUCGGUUCUUGUAACCUCGGUUGCACGUGUACUUGACAGUAAUGGGAUACAGGAUGCUACCUGAACCUCUUGGGAUUUAAAGAACCGGCGAUGAAGAACGCAAAGUAUGGAUCGACUGUUCAUUUUUGCGCAUACACUCUGGUUUUAUAUACAUAUUAAUGCAAAUAAAAAAUGUGAAAUUGAACAUUCUUAUUGUCAUUGUUGAUAGCUUAUACCAGGUAAUUUUUUGUAAGUCUUUACCAAUGUUGAGAAGACGUAUUAUUGUGAUACAACCAUGGCAUCUGGAAAAUCAACCAUGGCAUCGGCAAAACCAACUACAUGCAAAGAAGCUAUACGGCGAUGGGAGGAGGAGAAUCAACAAAAUGCAACUGCGGCGACAGAAGUAAUCUUGAGCUUUCAAUGGCCGCCAAUAGAAAAGAUGGACAACGCAUUGGCAACUUUGGCAAAUUGUGAAAAACUCUCCCUAUCGACAAAUAUGAUUGAAAAGAUUGCAGGCGUUGGAACUCUGAAAAAUUUGAAGAUUUUGUCAUUAGGUCGUAAUUUAAUCAAAGGAUUUGCCGGUCUUGAACCUUUAGGCGACACUCUCGAGGAACUUUGGAUUUCCUAUAAUUGCAUUGAGAAGAUGAAGGGCAUCCAGGCAAUGAAAAAUCUUCAUGUACUUUACAUGUCUAAUAAUUUGGUGCGAGAAUGGAACGAAUUUGUAAGGCUACAAGAACUUGUAAAUCUUCGAGAUCUAGUUUUUGUCGGUAAUCCGUUGUAUGAAAGUCUCGAGGUAGAGCAAUGGAGACUUGAAGUUGCACGACGUUUGUCAAGUUUGGAAAAACUCGAUGGUGAACCUAUAAUACGUACAGAAGAAAAUCCAAUUCAACUAGUCAAAACUGACAGUCCGUCGCACGAUUUACUUGAUCAAGAACCUGUCUAA